CAAAUGUGGUGUACAGUCCCGAGGAAAUGAUGAGCAAAUGUAGCAAAUGUUGGGUAAAUGUAGCGAAUGUUCAGGAAAUGUGGCAAAUGUUAAGGAAAUGUAGUAAAUGAUGAGGAAAUGUAGCAAAUGUUUAGGUAAUGUGGCAAAUGUUAAGGAAAUGUAGAAAAUAGUUUAGCAAAUGUUUAAGAAAUGUAGUAAAUGUUUAUGAAAUAUGACAUAUCAAUGCGAGUAUCAAUGAUUUGUAAAUGUAAAGAUAAAUGUAUAUCAGACGCUUACAAUUCGUGAAAAUUAUGCAAAAAAAUGUGUUUUAACAUUCGUUCAUGUAGUGCAGUCGUAAAUCAUGUGCUAGAGUCCUUACCCUAUACACCGAAAAAGUAAUAGAAUGAUUGUUACAUUUCGAUUGCAUACAUUGCUUUUUUUGUUUUGAAAUUUAAGAAUCUCGGAGAGACUUCAUUUCGAGUUCAAUUGCAAAGAUUAUUGUUUGAUACAUAAUCACAAAUUUUUAUGAAUUCAAUCGGAUUAAUAGAACAAAAUUCUUAUGGGAAUUUUUACUUAGAUUAAGUACAGUCAAGAAAUACGACAAAGGCUAUAACAAAAUGUGACUUAAUUGAUUUUAAAUGUUGUGAUACACCUGCUCAAAUUCAAAAGUUCAAAGAAAAUGCCUACGGCUAUGUGUAGUCCAAGCUAUUUUCGAGAAUAAUAAGAAUUGAAAAGGAAAUAUUGUUCUACGAAUUAUUUUCAUUUUUAUGAAGUACAUAGCAACAAACAUAUAUGUAUAUAUGGCAACAAAUAACAGUCGUAACGAGGUCGGAAAUAAAGGUGGUUUAUUUAUGAAUAGCAUUUAACAGUGAGUCACCAUGCCUCGCUCUAUGCUGUGCAUUUUUACUGCGAUAGCAUUUUCUUGAAGUAUCAGUCUGACAAUGAACUUCGUUCUUCAUUCAUAAAGUACCCUUAUUCCCGUUUUUAUCGUUGAAUGCGCGGGUGGGUGUGCUCGUAAGUGUAACAAACAAUGGCGGUAACAGCAAAUAUUGAGACAAUCUCUGAUUGGGGAGAUACGGAGGAUACAUUUAUCAAUUCCAUUGAACAAAAACUAGAAGUCCAAAUUCCUCUAUUCUUAAAAAAUAUAGUAAAAGUGUCCGGUUUAGCAAAUAAAAUCGGGAUUAAAAAUUUAUCAGAGGACGAUAUUAAUAGGCUAGAGGAGUUUGUAAAAGGCGAACUUGUCGACUUGAUCGAUAAAGAAGAGUAUGAAAACUAUUAUGGGCCGUUGUUUAAGAAGAAGCCUACAAAUUUUAAAUUUCUUAUGGGACACAGAAAGUUAUUACUAGCCAUGAGUGAAUCACAACGUGAACUAACUACAACUACGUCUCAGCAACAAAAUAAACGCAAAGUCAAACCUAGCCGAGAACCCAGCAUUGCUUCGACGUGCAACAACACAAACCUUCAAAUGGCUGAAAAUUUAUCAAAAUAUAGUACCAAAAUAAAACAAAACAUUGUGUCUUGGGUUUUGUUACUAAAAAAAGAGAGCAAAAUCACAGAAGAUGAAGAACGAGAAUAUACCACUAAAAUAAAAAGCAUAGAAUACCAGUGUUCACCAGAUGACGACGAUUUUAUUUGCUGUUAUAUCCCAUGUUUCAUUUGCGAUGCGAAAGUAAAGGUGAAAAAACUGCCUAAGAAUCACAACACCCAUUGGUCUUUUUCGAAUUUUUAUCAACAUGUUAACAAACAUUUGAAAAAUAAGGACUCAAAUAAAGAUAAAUUCCAGGAUAACUCUAAGCCAAAAUCUAAGCGCACGAUUCGCCAACCCACACUACAUACAUUCUGUUCUGAACCGUCUACUAGUUCUUCCUUUAUACCCACCAUCUCUAGAGUAGAUGAGAAAAUAGGUGAAGACGCACAAGAAACAAGAUCAGAUGUUGAAGUCGUAGUAUCUGCUGUCUUAUCAUCAGAAGAAGAGGAUGAAGAUAUCAUUCAACCAAGAAAAAAAGCAAACAAGCAAAUAAUUUUAUCAGACAUUGAAAGCGGUACCGAACAGGAUUUUCCUCGGGAUUUUCAAACAGACGGAAUUGUACAUGAAGGGGCUUACAGUUCUGUUGAGCAAUCGUUACACCAGCCCCAACAACAACCGACUUCGGUCCUUGUUGAAAACAAGUGGUUAUCUCCGAAAUACUCGCGCUGUGAAAGAAAUCGACGUGGCCGCGAAAAUUCUUUUGAUGAUGAAAAACAGCUGCUUAUAACCAAUUUUUAUAAGCCACUAAAAGACAUUGAGAAGGUGUUAAUCGAAAAUAGUCAAUUAAAAGAAAUAAUUCAAGAACAAGCCAAAAAGUUCCGAUUAUUGGGUGACAAGGUUGGCGGUGCAUCGUUAACGGGAGCUCCUGUGUCAAUUUUUUUAAAUAUUAUGCUUGAUACAGCUGCUGCCAAUGCUUCCAAAACGAAAUCAAAAAACAGAUUUGACGAAAGUGUAAAAAAAUUCUGCUUGUACCUAUUCUUAAUUGGAGGGAGAAUGCUAUACGAGACAUUAUAUGCAAAUUUGAAAAACGUUAUUCCUUCAAUAACAACUUUACACCGUUCUAUUACUAAUUCAAAUAUACAAGAAGGGGAAUUACGCUUUGCAGAUCUGAGAAGAUUUCUUGAUAGUCGUGGAUUGCCAAGCGUCGUGUGGAUAAGCGAAGAUGCGACAAAGAUUACAGGGAAAAUAGGAUACUCUUCACACAAUAACUUGGUGGUUGGAUUUGUUAUUCCACAGCAUAAUGGAUUGCCACGUGAGAACUACUUCGAAGCAACUUCGGCACGAAGAAUCCAACAGAUCUUUGUGGAAGGAGAACGAGCUCAAUAUGGGUACGCAAUCAUGGCCCAAUGUCCAAUUGAUAAAACCCCUUCGUUUUGUCUUAACAUUUUCGGUACUAAUAACAAAUUCACGCAUAAUGAUGUAAUACAGCGAUGGGAACAAAUGAAGGUAUCUGCACGUCGGUAUAACAUAGAACUUUUGGGUUUCUCGUCAGACGGGGACACGAGGUUGCUGAAAGCGAUGCGGCUCACAACAAAACUUUCUAACCAGGUAACAGAAAAGUGGAAGUGGUUUCACAUGCCAUUAGAUACUGGCAAUAUUUGCACUCAGGACACAGUUCACAUCGGAACAAAAUUAAAAACGCGUUUAAUCAAUCAAAAAGUCACGCUCGCUCUUGGAAAUUUUAUAGCAUCAUCGGAUCAUCUUAAAACUCUAAUUGAGACUGUGUCUAAAGAUAAACACCUUCUGACCUUAGGAGACCUAAAUUCACAAGACAAAAUGAAUUUCCGAUCUGUUGAAAAAAUUAUUGCUCCUAAAGUGUCUGAACUUCUUAAAAAAAGUGUUCCAAACAGCGAAGGAACUGUUGCAUAUCUUAAAAUACUCAGAUCUGUACUUGAUGCUUUUCUCAGGAAAGACCUUAGUCCUGUAAGGCGAUUGCAACUGAUUUGGUAUGCGGUCUUUUUUCUUCGUAUAUGGAGGAGUUGGGUAAGAAAUUCCGAGUCAUACACAGUGACUGAAAAUUUUAUAACUCUCAAUGCGUACUUGUGUAUUGAAAUGAAUGCUCAUGCCCUGAUUAAGAUCAUCCGAAAAUUUAGGGAAGAAAAACUUGAUACGGAUUUUGCCACUUGGCUCUUCAGCUCUCAACCAUGUGAGCAAAUUUUUCGCGCUACCAGAUCACUCACGUCAACGUACUCUACGAUAGUUAAUUUUAGUUUAAUGGAAAUGUUGAACAGAAUUAAUAAAAUAGAGACUAUUGUAAGUAUUAUGAGUGAUUUGCGCGAUACAUUUGUAUUUCCACGGGAAGGGUCAUCUAGAAUGGGAACUGCACAUAACUCGAUUGGUAUUGUGUUCCCUUGUGAUGAAGAAAUCGAGUCAGUAUGUAUGACAGCAUUGCAAGAGGCGAUAAAUGAUUGCAAGUUAUUGGGUAUAUAUAACGAUCGAGAUAACGAUGAUACUCAAAACCUUUGGGAACAAAUUAUGAUAUUUGACGGGAGUAUUGAUUCACAACCGUAUAAAUUACAGGAUCCAGAUGCAUUGGAUUAUCAUUGUGUUGACUUAAAUUUGUCAGAAGAAUUUUCAUAUGAACCGGCUACGAAUGAUGUGUUACGCCAAUUUGUUGACCAACAGGAUGAUAGCGAAACAAGCGAGGAUCAAGAACAAGAUGAUGACCAUAGUGAUUCCUUAAUCAACUUCCAGGAUUUGAAUUUCGCUGACGUUCCUGUUGAAGAACCAAUUCAUGAAAGAAGCCCCUAUGUCAAAAUCAAAUGCCAAAAUGGUCAAAUUAAAACGAUAAGAAAGAAAACAUUGUGUUGGUUUUUGGACGAUAAUGUGAAAAGGUUGAGUUCUGAUCGUCUGCUGCGCGUUAGAGCAGAUCAGAAUUAUAACAGUCGCAGUCCGAGAACUGAAAGUACAUCUGAAACUCACCCACUUAAACCGGUUUUAGAAUCAUAUUAUGCGGUAUACUAUUCCGAAUCAUGGUAUAUAGGUCGCGUAAUAACCCAGUCUGAAGAUAAAUGUUACAAAAUCAAGUUUCUCCAGUCUCAACUCAAUACAUUCAUAUGGCCUAAAGAUGAUGACGUACAAACUGUGGACCAACAAUACAUUUUUUUUGGUCCAAUAAAGAUGAUCGGAACAAAUAACAUGACAAUCUCAGAAGAAAAUCGUAACGCCAUAAAAAGGAAAUACAAAUCAAUUAAAAAAAUGUAUAAGUAAUGUUGUUUAUUCAAACUAUUUUUAAAUUGUGUAUGUUUUAAGUCAAAAGUAAACUUUGAUUUGUAGUUGGGACAAUAUUGUAUAUUGUGUGUUUAACCUGUUCCAAAGCUCACAAAAUAAGAAAAUAUAUACCCAGGUAAUAUUUCAAUUACCAAAUGACCCGCGGAAAUGCUUGUACAUAUUUAACUGUAUGUAGUACCUAAAUGAUGAGCAAAAG